AUGACUGCAGUAUCGUCCACGUACUUUUGGUCAAUGCUCGUUUUCACGAUGGUCCACAACACCAAAGAAAUACUAUUCAGUGAUACGCCUAAAUUCAGUGACCGCAUGGACAACUUAACAGUAACCGUCGGCCGAGAUGCGAUCCUCGAGUGCGUCGUAGAAUCUCUGUCGACAUACAAGGUGGCCUGGCUAAGAGUGGACACGCAGACGAUACUGUCCAUACAGACGCUCGUGGUGACGAAAAACGACCGUAUGGAGGUGACGCACACAGACCACAGGGUGUGGAGGCUGCACAUCAGAAACGUACGGCAGAGCGACCGUGGGUUUUACAUGUGCCAGAUAAACACUGACCCCAUGAAGAAUCAAAUCGCGUAUCUCGACGUAGUCGUGCCUCCAGAUAUUCUAGACUACCCAACAAGUUCAGACAUGGUAGUACACGAAGGCAGUAACGUGACGUUACAAUGUGCCGCUACAGGAUACCCAAGUCCAACGAUAACAUGGCGAAGAGAAGACAACCAUAACAUCGUGAUUUCUAACACGUUAACUGUUGCAGUAGUGGAUAGCUCCACUCUUACCUUUCACCGUGUGACAAGACAACACAUGGGUUCAUACCUUUGCAUUGCUUCCAAUGGGGUGCCACCUACAGUCAGCAAACGCAUUACUCUGAUCGUCCACUUCGCUCCCAUGGUUUGGAUUCAAAAUCAACUGGUCGGUGCUUUUGUGGGAGAUCGAUUGUCAAUAGAAUGACACGUCGAAGCAUUCCCGAAGUCCAUAAAUUAUUGGUCAUCAGAAAACGGAAACUUACUGACUCAAGGAGAUAAUUACGAUACAACGUUAAAAGAAGUCAAUUAUAAAACAGAAAUGAGAUUAACCAUUAAUCAAGUAAAAGAAGAACAUUUCGGCACUUACCAUUGUGUUUCAAAAAACUCUUUGGGCGCAACCGAUGGGACUAUCAAAGUUUAUAAAUUACCGGGAAAAAACUGGAACAAUAAUUAUCAAAAUUCAGUGACAGCUUCAAAUAACGGACUGCAGCAUAUCACAGGGUCCACGUCCAAUAGAGAAGGCAAAAAUAACUGUGUGCCUAUCAAUCCUGAGCCUGCCGUAAUUUUUCAUUGCAUUGUCUUACUGAUACUGUUAUCCAAAUCAUCAUAAGCGUUUAUCAGAACGAUAUACGUUAUUUUUCAUGAAAAACAGGGUACCAUGAGUAUGUAAAGUUUGUAUAUUGUUUAUGGUAUAGUGUAAUUAGCCGUCAAUAUUGUGUUGACCAUACGCAUAAUAAUUGUACAUAAGGUAGAUAUAACAAUAAUGGUGUGACGGUAUUAAAAAUUGUCUACAGAGAAUAUCUUAAAUAUUUUUAUUUGACAAUAUUAGAGGUUUACUAUUAUACGUAUAAUAUAGGUACCUAUCUGUUUGAGACGUAUUUAUACGAAAAAAAAAAAACAAUUUUGUCAUGUAUGUAAAUAAAGUGUCGAGUAAGUAGGUAUUGAAAUUAUAUAAACAAUCGCAAUAAGACUAGGUAACGUGAUUUGUAUUAACUUAAAAUCGUUUUGUUUAAAUAUUGUUGUUUGCAAACAAAAUGUAUCUGUACUUCCAGCCUCGGUAGGUGUAAGAUGUUCAAAAUUAUUUUUGGAAUGGUGCCUGCGCUGUAAUAUUUAAUGUUGUACUUAACAAAUCACGAGUCUUGUGUAUAUUUUAUUAUUAUGUAUACAAUUGUUUACCGUGUACCCAUAUAAGCUAUAUGUGUACCUACCUACCUACUUACCUAGAUUGUUGUAAGAAAUACAUAUUUUUUUAGUGGACUUAAUCGUUACUAAAUAAUAUAAUAUAUCAUUGCCAUAUUAUUGCCGUAUAAUGUCAUUAUAGGUAAAAUGUUCAACGUGCCGAAACGUUUCAACGAACUCCUGAUAAAACUAUACGUAUUUAUUUAAUAAUAUUUACAUUGUUAUGUUUUUUAUGUGUACAAAAUAAGUCUUGAAUCUUUUUUUUCUCUAAUUUUAUUGUUAUAUUUAAAUAUCAUUAAUGUCAUUCAUUUAGUUGGUGAUUACUUAUUAAUUAUUAUACAUAGUAGGUUUAGCACCAUGGGUACCCGUGUAACCUACUGACCUAUUGGUACUUUUAACACUGCUAAUAAAUAUAAAUUAUAAUAUUUUA